UCUCACUUCCUGUUGGUUCAGACAAAGAGGAAGAAGAAGAAGUACAGUGGAGGACAUGAGACUGGUCUGUUGGACAGAGAUGUUCUUCUGAAGCUGGGGAGGCUGGCGUUUGAACAUCUGCAGAAAGGAAACAUCAUGUUCUACCAAGAAGAUCUGGACCAAUGUGGUCUGGACGUGACCCAGGCCAUGGUCUACUCAGGAGUUUGUACUGAGAUCUUCAGAAGAGAGAGUGUGAUCUUCAAGAAAACUGUCUACUGCUUUGUUCAUCUGAGUGUUCAGGAGUUUCUGGCUGCAGUCUACAUGUUCCACUGCUACACCAACAGGAGGACACGGGUACUGCAGGACUUCAGUGACUUCAGUAUAAGUGACUCUUCACUGAAUCAGUUCCUCAGAGAGUCAAUGGAGAAAUCCCUCCAAAGUAGAAAUGGUCACCUGGACCUGUUUGUUCGCUUCCUUCAUGGUCUGUGUCUGGAGUCCAACCAGAGAAUCUUAGGAGACCUGCUGGGUCAGACACACUGCAGUCCAGAAGUCAUUCCAGAGGUCAUUAAAGACCUAAAAGCUAUGAACACAUACAGAGUCUCUCCAGACAGAAGCAUCAACAUCUUCCACUGUCUGACAGAGUUGAAGGAUCAGACAGUUCAUCAGCAGAUCCAGGAGUUCCUGAAGUCAAAGAACAGAGACCAGGAACUCUCUGAGAUCCAGUGCUCAGCUCUGGCCUACAUGCUGCAGAUGUCAGAAGAGGUUCUGGAUCAGUUGGACCUGAACCAGUAUAAAACAUCAAAUCAGGGAAAACGGAGACUGAUCCCAGCUGUGAGGAACUGCAGGAAGGCCGGGUGAGUUAGUGAUCAAUCACUAUUGAUUAGUCAGUCAGUGUUCAGUUUAUGGGUCAUGGGUGGUUAAAGAAGUGCAAUGAAUGUCAGCAGGUACCUGUGUUGGUACAGAUCUGUCAAGGCUGAAAACUGAAAGAUAUUACUAUGCCAAUUAUCAGAACCAUUGACUGUGAACUAAAUCUAAAAA